UCAAAUCUAAAAUGUUUCUUGUAACACAGAUAACAGUCCACGUUGCUUAUUAAGUGUUUACAGUAGAUUACUAGGUGCAAAGGUGUGGUUGGUUACAAAAUCGGUUUUGUGACAUUUUUGUCCCAGUAGGCUACAAUUAGAAACAGUAUGGUAACUAUGGAAUAUCUCACAGCACUAAGAACAAGAUAGGUGGUGUGGAUUGUUGGACCUCUUGGUAAACUGAUGUCCUCGAGUUCUUUGACAAGAAACUAAGGUGCAAGACUGCACCCUGCAACAAUCUCAAAGGCAUGAUGUAAGAUGGUCGACAGAAUUUCUAACAAGCUCCUCCCACGACAUCGGCAGCCAUUUUAAGGUACGUUCCUUAGAUACCAUGCGCAAAAAAGCUUCCACACAUUGGACUUUGAAAUGGAGGCCCCGUAGAACUGGAGGCGGGUCUUCCUCUCCAUUCGCCGCCUUCUCAUAGGUUCCAGUGGUCGGGUGUCACGAAAGAGCCUGGGUUGAGCCACAUUGUUUGGUGAACGUGCAUCGAGUUGUGCUAACAUCAAACGACCUUUAAUGAUUGAUUUUGUUUUAAAUAAUGAAUAGUGUUACAAGUAUCUUUAACUUGCAUUGAAAGUUUUGGAAUAUCUUACGUGCGCAUUGCGCAUCGGGAAGGUGCACAGUCUUACAAAGGAAAACGACAGCAGCAGGACGCCGAGCACGACGAGUGGAUGACCAAGGACAGAACCGUGAUAACAGGACUGAGUUUGCUUUUGGAAUGUGUACUGGCAUAUUAGGGUCUUUGGUCAAAUCAGCUAUAAUGUUCCCACUGAUAUGUAGUGGAUAAGUGUGAGUUUAAGGAGAACUAGUCCUUGGAGGAGAACACCCGGAAACUUCUUUUGGAACUAUGGACUGUAAUGGAAUUCCAGUGGAAUCAGAGGAGAGCUUUGCUCAUGAGAUAGAACAGUUAAUUGAGAAGGAGAACUUUUCAAGCAUGAUGGAUUUGCAAGACAUUGCUGAAUCAGACAUAAAAGAAUUUGUGUCUGGUUCUCUGCCGCACACAUGCUACGAAUCAUGUUGGCAAGAUGUAAUGAAUUCAGCUGACCUUGAACAGGAUAAGCCAGGGGAUAAAGAAGAAAAUAAUGGUAACAUUACACCCUGUCUCUUGCCUAACUCAGUAGAGGUUGAGUCCACAUUGGAAGCACAUUCUGACAAGGCCAUAUUAGAAUCUGCUUUUGAGACAAAUGCUAGUCUUGUCGAAUAUUCCGAUAUUAGCAGCUGCUCUGACACGGAAGCAAAUCUUGAUUGCAAUUUGAGUUCAUCGGGCCUGAGCAACCAGGCUGGUCAGCCUUCAGAUGAAGGAGACCUGAUUUCAAGUAAUACGAUGCACUUAUCUUCUGCUGAGGUCUGCCAUAGUACUGUGGAAGCAGAUAUGAGUGAAAUAAAUGAACAGCAGGACACUGGACUUCCAGUGACCGCAGGUGAGCGCAAUGAAAGUGUAAAUCAAACUGGUAGUGACUGUAGUGAGGGGUUACUUCUUACAAAUGCUGAGGUUCCAUGUACAGAAAUACAAGAUGUGGACAAUAUGAAUGGUGCAGUACCUUUGUCAAAAGAUGAGCAAAUUGAGGAAAGGGAAAUGACUUGUGAUUUGGAAUGUUUUUUGGAUCAUUGCAAAGAGUUUGUUACCUCUCAGGAUGGUUCCACUUGUGCCUCAAAUCAUGCAAAUAUUGAUACUUCAUCGACUUCUAAUAGGGAUGAAAACAUUUGCCCAACCAUAGAUUCACUAAGUGUUUGCCAAUCGGAAAGGACAACCCCAGAUCCUGAAAACACAUCAUCAAACCCUGAACCUGAAAAAACAUUUGUGAUUUCUGGUGAUGGAAAAUGUUCACUUGGUGACUACCAAUUAGAUGUAAUGAACCGAAAUUCUGAAAACACAUCCUCAAAGCCCAACAUUCAAGGGAAAAUUGAGAUAUCUGGCCAUGGAAAAGAUUCUCUUGAUGGCUGUCUAUUGGAAAGCAACCAACUAGAUACUAAAAGCACAUCAUCAAAACCUGGAUUUCAAGAGACAAUUGGGGUAUCUGGACAUGGACAAAAUUCUGUUGAUAGCUGUCAAUUGGAAAGCAACAAACCCGAUCCUAAAAGCAUCUCUUCAAAACCUGUCCAUGGAAAUUCUUCUCAGCUAGUAGGACAGAAAUGCUUUACAUCUGAUGAUGAACAAGUUGAACGGAGUAGUUUUGGAUUCCUUGAGUCUUGUUUUGGUUUAAAAACUACAGCGCAGAACACUGAGGAACUGAAACACCUGGAACAUGCACAUGCAAACAAAGUCAACGAGUGCAGUCCGUUUAAUCACACUGAACCACCAGUUCUUCUGAAAACUGCCUUUGAAUCUAAUAAUAAGAUGGAUGAGGGAACUGAUGCACCAAAAGAUCCACCAGUACUCGGUACAGACCAAACGUCCAAGACCUUGCUAGAUCCUGAACAGCAAAAAUGUCUGACUGGCAAUGGUACCAUUACAAACAAAGAUUCUUUAUCAUAUUUAAAGACCCAAAAGAGAAAACUGGAGCCUGUUGUUCUCCUUAAGACAACUGAGAAAAGAACUUGUAAUGGAAAAACAUACCAUUGCUUUGAGUGCCAAGAGUCAACACAAAGUGUAGAUGAACUAAUUGAGCACUACCACUGCAUGCAUUCUCUCCAUAAGUCUCAGUAUUGUUCCACUUGUGAAAGUUACUUCACUGGUGGUACAUUGGCUGGACAACACUUCUGUGGAAAAGUCGAACUUAAUGACAAGAAAAAAUCAUCUCCCUUGUAUACCAAAGUGCUAACUGAGAAGAAAGCAAAGUUCAUAUGUAGGUACUGUAGCAAGUCCUUUGUUCGACAAGCUUAUUAUGAAGAACAUGAGCUGAAGCACAGAGUUGUCACACAUCAUAGAUGUGACUGUUGUGGAUUAUACUUUCCUAAUGCUCACAAAUGUCAAAGUCACAAGCAUAAAGCAACAUGCACACCUUUGAUACUAGACCCCUUUUUACAGACUGCAGAUCAUUCAGAAUCAAUCCCUGAAAAGAGUGACAUACCAGACGUGGUUGAAACAGUUGGCUCCAAUGUAGAACUUCGUAAUUGCUUUGUGAAACUAAUGGAUGUUUGCAAGACAAGCCGAUCACAUGAACAAAUACAUUGUGAAGUAUGUGGAAAGACUUUCAGGCUCAGAGCGCAACUGAAUGCACACCUUAGAUCACACUCGGAUGAGAAGCACUUCAAGUGUGACAACUGUGAAAAAGCAUUCAAAUAUACCUGGAAUCUUAACAAACAUAAAAGAGAGCAGUGUUCUCAAAAGAUUGUCCCACAUGAAAAAUCUUCAGUUCCAGAUGGCAAGUUGCCACCAAAGUUUAAAUGCCCAAUCUGUUUUCACGUUUUCAAGUACUCCUACAAUCGUACACGUCAUUUGCGUCAACAGUGUCUCAAUGAAUACAUGAAAAAAGGCAAAGGAAAGAUUGGUGAUAAGUAUCGAUGCCCUUUGUGUAAAGAUAUGUUUACUGUGGCCAGCAACCGCAAUAGACAUAUCAAGCAAACCUGCAUUAAACUUAAACUCUAUACAGCCAAAGGAAAGGUAAAACAAAGAAAAGAGUUAGAGGAACUUAACAAUACCAAAAAAAAGGACAAAGAGUCACCAUUGACUGUGUCCUCGCAAAAAGCAUUGCAGUACAAAUGCACUUUUUGUCCAGCGGAGUAUUCUAGCAAGUCUGGUUUCUACGGCCAUCUAGCAAAGCAUAAAUUGCUUGGACAUGCCAAAAAGGCAAUCGAACACAAGCGUGGUAAUGCUGUUAAUUUGAAAAGUUCAAGCUCUCCUGGGCAAAGACCAACUAGCCAAAAAUGUGCUGAUGACACAAGACUUCCUUUCUCUUGUCGCUUCUGUGGAAGAGCCUUUGCUUCAACUGACUCAUUAAAAAAGCACUUACGACUUCAUAAAGGAAACAAACCUUUUCGUUGUUUAGACUGUGGUAAAAAUUUUGCCAGGCAUGGACACCUAAUGGCUCACAAAAAUGUGCACAGGAGGAAUGUACAGUGUUCAGUCUGCUGGGAAGUUCUGCCGUCUAUUGGAGAUUUGUUAGAACACAGACAGUCCCAUCCAAAAAAAGGCAUGCUUAAGUGCCCUGAUUGCCCUUUGCAGUUCAAGUUUCCAGUAUUUCUGCUUCGACAUGUGGCUGUGCAUGAGAGAAGGCGCAAACUUAAGGAACUUCUCCCUCCAAAGAACCAAGCUACACCUCAAAAGGUACAAGAAAUUUACAAAGAGGAGUUCAAAUGUGGUCUCUGCCAAGAAGCCUUCAUUGACUCAAAGGCACUUAGUGAGCAUUGUUUAACUCAUAUGCCUGGACCUUCUGCAUCCAAAUGUCAGUUCUGCAAACGCCAUUUCUCGAGUCGUACUGGGCUUAUUCGUCACAUUCGCCUUCACACUGGUGAAAAGCCUUUUCCAUGUCUAACUUGUGGCAGGCACUUCCACAGAAAGGAAGUUCUUAAAUUACAUCAGGAAAAAUGUACAGCGGAGCAACCACCUCCAUUACAAACCUCAAAUGCUAAACAAUUACAGGCAGAACAUGGUGUAGACACUUCUUCAAAAAAGACCAACAAAGCCUAUAAUUGCUCAUACUGCCCACAUUCCUUUCGUUUUCCAAACAAUUUGAAACUCCAUGAGAGAGCCCACUUGGCCAAGACAGUUUUCCCUUGCUCAAAGUGUGGGAAGUUUUACAGGAAAAGAAAAUUUAAGGAUCAUGUGGAGCUCUGCAAUGGAGACGAGAUGAAACCUGCUUGCAGAAAAUGUGGGAGAGUUUUUACUAGAAAAAACUACAGAAAUAGUCACGAAAAGCAGUGCCAGGGCAAGCAGAACAAAACUGAUACUGAAACGGAAACUGGAACAGGAACAAAUGAGAAGGGCAAAUUUAAGCAGAAAUGCCCACAAUGCUUUAAAUGUUUUAGAUCUAGCAGUUUUCUACAGAGACAUCUGUCUCUUCAUUCAAAGGAAACGGCAUAUGCAUGCAUGCAUUGUGGACAGAAAUUUGACAGUCAGGAUCAAUACUUGCAACAUGAGGCAUUUUGUGAUGGUGUGUGCAAGGAACAUAGAUUGGAGAGUUUAAGAGGAUCUGAGAAAAUUAAAUCAAUGUUUGCUGAAGUAAAAAAUCAGAAAGAGGGCACUGUGGUCCCUGGAGAAAAUGGUGAGGCAUUGAAGUGCAAAUUUUGCACUAAAUCUUUUUUGAGGGCCAGAUAUCUAAGACGCCACAUUCUCACUCACACAGAAGUCAAGCCAUAUCGGUGCAAGACUUGUGAAAGUUGUUUCUCACGCUAUGAUCAUUUAAAACUGCACCAAGCCCGCUGCAGAGGAAAGCGGCAACUUGAGGUACGAGUUGUAAAGAUAAGUCUCGACAGCUUGAGCGCAAGUCCCCAAAGCAAAACCCAGGAAGAUGGUGACAUGUUGCAAUGCAAAGUUUGCUCAAAGCGGUUGUCCACCCCGAGUGAUCUGAAGCGUCAUAUGUCCAUGCUCCAUAUCACCGAUAAACCUUUUCCCUGCAAAAGAUGUGGCAAAACUUACAGUUCUAAAAAGACUUUGAUGAGGCACAACCUCACAAUCAGAUGCAAAAAGAUUUCAAGGGAAAGUGUGCCGCCUGCCAAGAAUGAUGUUCAAAUUGAACCAUGCAGAGAAACAUCCAAACUUCUGCAACGUAUACAGGUACACUACAUGAAUAAAUUUAAAUACCAAUGUGAGUAUUGCCCUCGACGCUUUAAAUUAUCUGGACAACUGAAGGUGCAUGUACGUCUUCAUACAGGGGAAAAACCAUAUGGCUGCGCCAACUGUGGAGAGCAUUUCAUCAGAACAGACUAUUUGAAACGACAUUUGGCUAAAUGCAAUGGAAAGGGAGAAAAUCAAGAAAAAAUUCUUUGUGAUAAGUGCGGUGACCUGUUUACCCGGGACGCACUGUCUGUACACCAGAAGAUGUGUGUCAUUAGCUCAAAAUCAUCCGGAUCAUCUCAAGAGGUAAAUGACAAAGACAAGACCCCCACCGAGAUAAAAGGUUUUUCCUGUACUAACUGUAGUGACCGUUUUUUAUUGUUCUCUCAGCUCCAGCAGCAUUUUUUAGCAAAGCAUAGAUCUGAUCAGCGACAAGAGUCAAAUAACGAUCAGCAGCAAUUGGUAUCAAGUCACAUGCAAGUCAUAAAGCAAGAGCAGGUUGAUGAGGGAUAUGGACAGAACCAAGAAAGCAGCAGUCAGAUAAACACAAGGGAACGGCGUGCAAGUACAAACACAGACCUUAUCAAGCCUCUUAAAUGCCCACAGUGCAACAUGCGGUUUUCCAGAAGUGCUGGCCUGGGUAUGCACAUGCGCAUACAUAAGGGAGUGUACCCGCUUUCUUGCACAAAAUGUCAUGUUGGUUUUUGGACCAGAAAGACAAUGGAGAAACACAGAAGAAAAUGUACAGGUCACACAGUUAUCUCGAAUAAUGGAUCUGCGAUGGAAAGUGCAGGUGAAUUAAACGACACUGUUCUAGUAUUUAACAAGGGUUGUAAUACAACAGGAACUGGAGUACUGCAGACUAAAUUCUCAUGUAAAGAUCAAGACCAGGAAAAUGAUGCAGAGAAAGAAGAUGUCUCUAUUCACAAGUAUCAGUGUUCUGAGUGUGAUCAGAGUUUCACCGAUGGACUGAGACUCAUAAGUCAUUUGGAGGAGCAUGGCCGUGAGGAUCAAGAGCGCAGAUCAGAUAUCCACAGAUGCCAUGUGUGCAAUAAAAUCUUUGCUCAAGCUGGUAUAUUACAAAAGCAUGUGAAAAUGCAACAUCAGGAAAAAAUUGAUAAUACUUGUGAAAUUUGUUUCAAGAGUUUUCGUUUUCCAUCUGACCUGGACAUUCAUAGAUCUCGUCAUGACCCUAGUCGUCCCUUUGCCUGUAACAGUUGUAAGAUGCGGUUUUGGACCGCUAAAGCUCUGACCAUUCACCACAGGAUGGUUCAUUUGCACGCACGCCCACCCAACUCAAAAGAAUCUAGUGCGAAAGUAAGAACGGAGCAGCCUGAAGUAUAUAGGUGUGAACCAUGUGACAAAACCUAUAUGUUAAAAAAGUCAUUCAUGAAGCACUGCAGAAUAAAACACAAAGAGGAUUUGAUCAAAUCCCUCUCUGAUAAUGAAUUGAAAAAAUCUUCUGGCAGUGCAAGUCAGGAAUCAGAUGAGGAAGACUCCAGAAAUUUUGAAGAUGAAGAUGACAGCGACAAUGACUCCGAUUCAGCACCGUACUUUCCUUGCCAUGUUUGUGGUAAAACAUUCUUAACAUCAGAAAGUCUUGAGGAUCAUCAAAGAUGUCAUCUUGGUGAAAAACCCUUCGAGUGUGAAGAAUGUGGGAAGUGCUUUUUUCAGCUUGCGAACUUGCAACAACAUCAGCGGUGCCACAAGUCGGAGUUUCAGUGUCAAAUGUGUGGUAAAGGGUUUGUCUCGCUCUUCUCCCUGCGCAAACACAAGCAGACACAUAUCAGAAAGCGUCCUCACCGCUGUACCAAGUGUCACCUGAGCUUUACACGCUCAACGGAACUAGCUGAGCACAUGGUUACCCACCGUGAUGAAAACUUUCCAUGUGACCUUUGUGAUGAAACCUUUUCCUGCAAAACAAGUCGGGCAGAACAUCGCAAGAUGCACACAGAGCAAGAAGAGGAGCUUCCACCACUGAUUCCCCCCAAACCGCCUCAAACAAUGCAAGUGACUCCUGCCAUCUCAAGUAACGUUGAGCAGUACAAGUAUCGCUGUGGAAUUUGUCAAGUAAGAUUUCCAGACCCAGAGCAACUCUCAGAACAUGGCUGCAAUCCAGCAAAAGAGCGCCCAUACUCAUGUCCUGAAUGUAACAAGCAUUUUUUACAUGGUUUCCACCUAAAAAAGCAUCAGCUCAGCCAUCAGCUGUCGGGUCCACGUUCUUAUCAGUGUAAUCAUUGCAGCAUGAGCUUCACCCACCACCACCUUUUUCGCACUCAUUUACGAAGCCAUGGGAAUGAAAAGGCUUCCAAGGACACUAACUUUCCUACCAGUGAAAAGAUGGUCCGUGUAGAAACUGUAAAGCGUGACAAAAUUUACCAGUGCCCCAUAUGUCCAGAGAGUUUUUACCAAGCCUUGGACCUCGCAAAUCACCUCUCUGUUCAUUCUCACAUGUGCAGUGUUUGUAAUAUGACUUUUCCCACUAAGAAAGACCUUGAUGAACAUGAACAAUGCCAUUUGUCUGCUGCUACUCAGUAUGAAUGCACGGAAUGUGGAGACAGCUUUCUUGGAAGUGAUGCCUUCCGCAAACACCACUGUAGUAAUAGAAAUGUGACCUUUUCAGAAAAGCACCGUUCAGCGCCAUCUGUCUCUUCCUCCAAGAAGCAGAGUUCAGGCACUCGUUUUCAAGCGGGUGAUGAAGAAGAGGAGGUUGAUGUUGGAGAAGACUUCAUUAUUUGUCCUAUCUGUAAAAGACGGUUCUCCUCCAAUAGCAGUUUAAUGGAGCACCAUAAAAAGCAUCAUGAGGAUCCGCGUCCUUUCAAGUGCUUGGUUUGUAAAAAAGACUUUACGAAGAAACGCUACCUUACGCAGCACCAGCAGAUACACAGUGAACGGCCAUACAAGUGUGAUGUGUGCUCGGAAUCCUUUAAAACCGAACCGGCUCUUGUAUCUCACCGUAAAAUGCAUGACGCAAAAAGGCAACACCAGUGCCCAAUAUGCAGCAGAACCUACCUUACAGCAAAAGAUCUUGCAAAACAUAAAAGGAAACAUGCUGAACAUCAAAACCUGAGUGAGGACAACAGAGAGUACCGGUGCGAUAUGUGCUAUAAAUCCUUCACCAUGUUUGCUCAUUUGCAAAAGCAUCUAGAAACCCAUGUAGGACAAGUGGUCUAUGAAUGCACAGAGUGUGACAAAGCCUUUGCUUUUCUAAAUCUUUUGGAGGAGCAUCAGAUGACUCAUGGUGCUGCUUCUACAGAAUCUCUUCAGUCUCAGUCACCAACCCAUUUUCUCUAUCAAAGCUCAGUAAAUGAAUGAAGGUCGAAUUACUGAUAACUCCGUUUCCUGCAAUGCAGGUUAUUCAAAAUCAUUCCGUUUUUUUGAACGUUAUUUGUUAAGAUAAGAUCAACUGUACAUACAAUUCAUUGUUGUUUUUACAUGGGCCUAACUGCUUUUAUCCACGUUGAAAUAUGAUAUUGGUGUUUUACCCAAGUUCUGAAUUGGUCCGUUAAUGUUCAUACAAUUUGCUCUGUUCUACAGUUCUGUGAACUGCUCACUUAAUUUUUGUUUGUACAGUACUCCGACUUGUGAAAAUUAAAUUUAUGUAAUCUAGAUGAUGUAUGGAACUAUAGGCAUAUGUGCAUGAAAGUCAUUGGAGAUGUUAAUGUUCCACAGUACAGUUCACAAGGAUGUAUAGUUUAGUAUGUAUAGUAAAUCCUGCGUCAUUUUUCCAUUGAAGUAAUUUUUGACCUUGCUAAAUUUACUAGCCAUAUAAUGCAUUUUUAAAUAUCAUUAUGAAGGUUAGAGGAAAUCGGUAGAUUAAUGUUAAUGUGUCAUAGUAAUGCCAAGCCAUGUUCUUUUUUUUGUCUGUUUGUAAACAUUUAAGGUCAAGUUAAAGGGUCAUUACACAGUAGUUAUAUAUGAUGUGAAUGCCUUUUAGUUCAUGUAUUUUAUGUUUAUUGAGAAUAGUCUAACUUCAAUGGCUUGCCUCAAACAAAAAAAA